GAGGAGAGCGAUCCAGGGAGACAGCCAGACAUACACACACACACACACACGCACACACACACGGAGCUUUGAAGUAACUGGAUUCAAUGGACGAGAUGCUACUGCUGGCGAGAUUUCUACUGCUGGUCCUCUCCUCGGCUCUUUUGAUCUCCUCGGGACUGGCGUGCGGACCCGGCAGGGGGUUUGGGAAGAGGAGACACCCCAAAAAGCUGACCCCUUUAGCCUACAAGCAGUUUAUCCCCAAUGUGGCAGAGAAGACCCUAGGGGCCAGUGGAAGAUACGAAGGGAAGAUCACCAGAAACUCCGAGCGAUUUAAAGAACUCACCCCCAAUUACAACCCUGACAUUAUAUUUAAGGAUGAAGAGAACACGGGAGCGGAUCGGCUGAUGACUCAGCGCUGCAAGGACAAAUUGAACGCCCUGGCCAUCUCGGUGAUGAACCAGUGGCCCGGGGUGAAGCUGCGGGUGACGGAGGGCUGGGACGAGGACGGCCACCACUCGGAGGAGUCGCUGCAUUACGAAGGCCGCGCCGUGGACAUCACCACCUCCGACCGCGACCGCAGCAAGUACGGCAUGCUGGCCCGCCUCGCCGUGGAGGCCGGCUUCGACUGGGUCUACUACGAGUCCAAAGCCCACAUCCACUGCUCCGUCAAAGCCGAGAACUCGGUGGCGGCCAAGUCGGGCGGCUGCUUCCCCGGCUCGGCCACGGUGCACCUGGAGCAGGGCGGCACGAAGCUGGUGAAGGACCUGAGCCCCGGCGACCGGGUGCUGGCGGCCGACGAGCAGGGCCGGCUGCUCUACAGCGACUUCCUCGCCUUCCUGGACCGCGACGACGGCGCCACCAAGGUCUUCUACGUCAUCGAGACGCGGGAGCCGCGGGAGCGGCUGCUGCUCACCGCGGCGCACCUGCUCUUCGUGGCGGCGCACAACGAGUCGCGGGACGGGGACGGGGACGGGGACAGGGAGCAGGUGCGGGAGCAGGUGCGGGAGCACGUGCGGGAGCCGCCGCCCGGGGCGCAGGCGCCGCUCGCCCCCCGCCGCCAGGGGGCGCCGCCGGGGGGCCGCCGCCUCCCCGAGCCGCCGCCAGGGGGCGCCGCGCGCCGGGCCCUCUUCGCCAGCCGCGUGCGGCCGGGCCAGUGGGUCUACGUGGUGGCCGGGCGCGGCGGCGAGCGACGCCUGCUGGCCGCCGCCGUGCACAGCGUGUCCCUGCGCGAGGAGGCGUCGGGCGCCUACGCGCCGCUCACCGCCCAGGGCACCAUCCUCAUCAACCGGGUGCUGGCCUCCUGCUACGCCGUCAUCGAGGAGCACAGCUGGGCCCACCGGGCCUUCGCCCCCUUCCGCCUGGCCCGCGCCCUGCUGGCCGACCUCAUGCCCUCCGCCCCCGAGUCCCCCGCCAACGGCAUCCACUGGUACCCCCGGCUGCUCUACCGGAUCGGCACCUGGCUGCUGGGCGGGGAGGCCCUGCACCCCCUGGGCGUCGCCGCCAAGGCCAGCUGAGGACCCCGGGGCAUCAU